AUGUCGUGGCAAACAUACGUUGAUGAACACCUCAUGUGCGACAUCGAGGGCAACCAUCUGACUGCUGCCGCUAUCAUCGGUCAUGAUGGCAGUGUGUGGGCCCAGAGCGCCAACUUCCCUCAGUUUAAGCCUGAGGAGAUCACUGCAAUCAUGAAAGAUUUUGAUGAACCUGGAUCUCUAGCCCCAACUGGGUUGCACCUUGGUGGAACAAAGUACAUGGUGAUCCAGGGAGAACCUGGAGCUGUGAUUCGUGGAAAGAAGGGUUCUGGUGGCGUCACGGUGAAGAAAACCGCCCAGGCUCUUAUUUUUGGUAUUUAUGAUGAGCCAUUGACUCCAGGACAGUGUAACAUGAUAGUGGAGAGGUUGGGCGAUUACCUCAUGGAUCAGGGCCUGUAG